AUGGCCAAGCAGAAGGCAAUUGCACAAAUCUAUGGAGAUUGGGAGGAGUCAUACAAUAAGGUUUCCAAGUUGUUUCAAGCACUGCAGAGCUAUUUUCCUGGUACCCUUUGUGACGUCCGUGUCAAACCAUUCUACGAUGGGCACCUCCUUGUACGUGACUGCAGUAUGUUCGACAAGGUAUUUUGGUCUUUCCCGUCAUGUGUAGAAGCCUUCAAGCAUUGCAAGCCCUUUGUCUCUAUAGAUGGUACUCAUCUGUAUGGCAUGUAUGGUGGUGUGUUGCUUAUUGCAGUGGCGCAAGAUGGGAAUAGCAACAUCCUGCCUAUUGCCUUUGCCAUUGUGGAGUCCGAGAGCACCGAGUCAUGGUUGUUCUUCCUAACUAAUCCGAGACGCCACGUCACACUACAGGAUGGCCUGCUGGUUAUAUCCGACAGAUCUCAGGCUAUCAAGGUAGUGCUUAGCGCCGAAGACAGCGGUUGGACUCCGCCUAGAGCCUACCAUGCUUACUGCAUAGGACACAUGGCUGCGAACUUCAUGACACGGUUCAAGUCAGCCGAAGGCAAGAAGUACCUCAUUAAUGCUACUUAUAGUCCAAGCAAGGCCGAUUAUGAGUGGUACAUGGAUGCGUUGAGAGGAGUCUCGCCUACCAUGGUUAACUGGGCUAGUUGUUUCAGGAACGAUAUUUGGCUACAACAUUGCGACGGCGGGCGUCGGUUUGGCCACAUGACGACAAAUCUAUCCGAGUGCAUCAAUGCAAUGUUGAAGGGCACCCGGUACUUGCCAAUAUCUGUCAUUGUGCACAUCACGUACGAGAGAUAA